AUGAUACUGCUUUGCAUAAUGAUUCGAUGAAUAACUUUGUUGAUAGUCUUGUUAGUGGUAAUGAGAGUGAUCAAAUACCUGACCUAGUUACAAAAGUAAAACUUGUACCAUCUUAUCCUGUACUAGAAGCAGGAGAAGUUAUAGUGGGGAACAUUCAUCCUCGUUAUGGUGUUGGUUACAUGUUGCACUUGUUUGAGAACUAUGAACCAAUUGCCAUCAGUUUUAUUAAAGUGACAUCGAAUUCUGAGCUCAGGUAUUGCCAUGUUUAUUUUAAAAAUUUACAAGACUCGAUAGACGUUGAAGAAAAUUUUGAUAAGUACAAAUUGGCAGGAAGAAAUUUGAUUGUGGCAAGGCCGAGUAGUUUAUUGAAAGAGGCUCAUCUUCGAAAACGAUAG